AUUAUAUUGCUUUCAAUGUGUAUUUAACUGUAUUAUUUGUGUUGUUUUUCUAUUUUAUAUUCGCAAAAUUCAAAGAGAGCAUUAAAUAUUAAAUUAUAUGAAUACAUCGAAUUAAUUUAUAUUUAAAAUGGACUCGGAAGAGGAAACUUAUGAUGAUGUUGACUCUGGAAACGAGUCAAGUGGAGAUGAUGUUGAUUUUGCCAUGGAAGUGGAAGUAACUGGCCAUAGAGAAAUGCAACCAGAUUCAGAAGAUUACCCCUUUGAAGUUCUUAGUACCGAGGAAAUUGUUCAGCACAUGGUAGAUUCAAUUAAAGACGUUAAUUCUGUUGUCGAGAUACCUGCAACAACGACACGUAUUCUUUUAAAUCACUUUCGAUGGGAUAAAGAAAAGUUAAUGGAAAGGUUCUAUGAUGGUGAUCAAGAUCAGUUGUUUUCUGAGGCUAGAGUUAUUAAUCCUUUUAAGGAAUUGAAUAUUAGCUUUAGAGCAAAGCCACCUAAAAAAUCAAAUAAUGGAACAGAGGAAUGUGAGAUUUGUUUUAUGAUUUUUCCAUCAUCACAUAUGACCGGACUUGAAUGCGGCCAUAGAUUUUGCACCCACUGUUGGUGUGAAUAUUUGACCACUAAAAUAAUGGAAGAAGGUGUAGGACAAACAAUAGCAUGUGCAGCUCAUGGUUGUGAUAUCCUGGUUGAUGAUGCUAGUGUAAUGCGAUUAGUUAGAGACUCUAAAGUAAGACUCAAAUACCAACAUCUUAUCACGAACAGUUUUGUUGAGUGCAAUCGAUUAUUGAGAUGGUGUCCAUCUCCAGACUGUAGCAAUGCAAUAAAGGUUCAGUAUGUGGAGCCCCACAGGGUAACUUGUAAAUGUAGUCAUACAUUUUGUUUUGCUUGUGGGGAAAAUUGGCAUGAUCCUGUAAAAUGCCAUCUUUUAAAAAAAUGGAUAAAGAAAUGUGACGACGACUCAGAAACUAGUAACUGGAUAGCGGCUAACACCAAAGAAUGUCCUAGGUGUAAUGUAACAAUAGAAAAGGACGGAGGUUGUAAUCAUAUGGUUUGUAAAAAUCAAAACUGCAAAGCGGAUUUCUGUUGGGUAUGUUUAGGACCUUGGGAGCCCCAUGGGAGUUCCUGGUAUAACUGUAAUAGGUAUGAUGAAGAUGAAGCAAAGGCUGCGAGAGAUGCACAAGAGAAGUCUCGAUCAGCACUUCAGCGUUACCUGUUUUAUUGCAAUAGAUAUAUGAAUCAUAUGGCAUCUUUGAAAUUUGAACACAAGUUGUAUGCUUCAGUAAAAGAAAAAAUGGAAGAAAUGCAACAACACAAUAUGAGUUGGAUAGAGGUGCAAUUUUUGAAAAAAGCUGUAGAUAUAUUGUGUCAGUGUAGACAAACGUUAAUGUACACUUACGUAUUUGCUUACUACUUACAAAAGAAUAACCAGUCUGUGAUUUUUGAAGAUAACCAAAAAGACCUCGAGAGUGCCACCGAAACAUUGUCGGAGUAUUUGGAGAGGGAUAUUACGUCUGAAAAUCUUGCUGAUAUUAAACAAAAGGUUCAAGACAAGUACAGGUACUGCGAUAGUCGGCGAAAAGUGUUAUUAGAGCAUGUUCACGAAGGAUAUGAAAAAGAAUGGUGGGAUUACAAUGAAUAAGCGUCUACAAAUUACAUCCGUUCCGUAACUAGUAUUGUAGUAUGAUAGAUCUUAUAUCUAG